CUCUUCCCUCACAGCUUUUAUUUCCCUGUGCAAGAAAACAAGACGACGUGUCCCCUCGGGGAGGUGGAAAAGAAAGCGGCGCAGCUCAUUGGGAAUUGGGUGAAGACGCCGUCGCUCUACGAGCUGCCCUAUGGCACGAAAGGAAGCGAAGACGUCCUCCUGCGUUUGCUGUCCAUCACCCACUACUCCCUGCCUGAGAGCAUCCAGAGCCUGAAGUGCCGGAGGUGCGCGGUGGUGGGCAACGGCCACCGGCUUCGCAACAGCUCCAUGGGGGAGACCAUCAACACGUACGACGUUGUGAUCAGGUUGAACAACGCCCCGGUCCAUGGUUACGAGCAGGACGUGGGCUCCAAGACCACCAUGCGCCUAUUCUACCCCGAGUCAGCCCACUUCAACCCCAGGACGGAGAACAACCCUGACACGUUGCUGGUGCUGGUGCCCUUCAAACCCAUGGACUUCCAGUGGAUGGAGGCCAUCCUCAACGACAAGAAGAGGGUGCGGAAGGGGUUUUGGAAACAGCCCCCGUUGAUCUGGGAUGCCAACCCCGAGCGAGUGCGCAUCCUCAACCCUUACUACAUGGAAGUAACUGCUGCUAAACUGCUCAACCUCCCCAUGAAGCAACCACGGAAGGUCAAACAGAAACCCACCACGGGGUUGUUGGCCAUCACCUUGGCGCUGCACUUCUGUGACCUGGUGCACAUCGCGGGCUUCGGCUACCCCGAUUCGGCCAACAAGAAGCAGACCAUUCACUACUAUGAGCAGAUCACGCUCAAAUCCAUGGCGGCGUCGGAGCACAACGUCUCGCACGAGGCCGUGGCCAUCAAGCGGAUGCUGGAGCUGGGACUGGUCAAGAACCUCACCUACUUCUGAGGGCACGGGGGCCGCGCAGGGACAGCGUCCCCCCC